GUAAACAGCGCUGUGCGCGUCGCCGCUGCUGCUGCUCUGGAGUCUAGGGGAGAGACAGGCACGGGUUGUUGAGGCUCCGAACAAAAGAGGGUGAAGGACGGUUGUGACAGAGACGGGAGGAUAUUAAGCGUGGAACAUCAGCAAGUGGCAUCCUCCCACCUCUCCCCUAGUUCUCUCAUGCGCACAGACACUGUCAAACAUUACUAAUGUGCCUCCUUGAACUGUCCUAUCAGCAUAUAAAAAUCCAAGAUCUCACUACCAAAGAGUGUUAAUUACACACACUAAACAAGCCAGGAAAUGUAAAAUGCACAAGGUGACAUUUCAUACACACAGGAAGAGACACGUAUAAUCAUACACACAGCUUUUUCGUGCCACAGAUAACACGUAUAGAGAUUUAUUGACACCAGCAUUUCAACAUUCCAAAGCAAGUCUUAAUUCCAAAACAACAAUUCAACCAAGCCACUGGCUGUCGCAUACACCCAUCAUGGCCUCUGUCACCAAAUCCUCGAACCCUGAGAUCCCAGAUAAUCACAAAGAGAGUUGGCAGGCACUGCUCUCUGCUGCAGAGGCUUAUGGUCAGAAGUCUGGCUGUGAUUUGGCAAUUCUGACUGCAUAUAAGAAGUUCCGUCCCUCCGGUGUCGAGGGUGAAGGAGGAAGGAAUCACGAAGGAGGUGGAGUUCUGCCUUCUGGAGGCAGAAUGUGCGAUUAUGCCUACCAUAUUUGGGGACAAGGGGCACUGGCUGAGUCAUCAUGGCGAUACAUGGAUGACAUCGCAGUUCUGCACUCCACCACUGUACUGACGGCACAGAGGCACAUACGUCUAAAGGUAGAAGAGGGAGGAGCCAAACUGGGUGUUGACAUGCCUUCUGAAAGGGUGAGCUUGACUAGUGAUGGAGUCAGCUCUGUUAGUCCCAACACGAGACUCUAUUCACAGAGCUACCCAUCAAUCUAUACCUCGGGUACUGCCUUUGGCCUCUCAGCCGGACACAAUGGGAAUGGAGAGCGGGAAAGAGAGAGAGCAGUGAUGGAAGAAGGUGAGAAGGUGAGAGAAAGAGCAGAUAUUGUGGAUUUGGAGGAAGAGGAAGACGAGGAUGAGGAGGAGGAAGAAGAUUUGGAUGGAAGGAGAUGUAACCUUAAUGAAUCAGCAGGAGUCUUCUCAAUGGAUGAGGAUUCUCUGUCCCGGGACUGCGAACCCUUCUUUGAGUCUGAUGGGGAAGAAGAGAGCACUGAUGGCUCAUUGAGUGAGGAAGCCCCUCCUCCUCCUCCACGUGGCUUGGCAAUGGGUCACCUGACAUCACGCAAUUCUCACCCCAUGGCAAUGGCACGUUCACUUCCUGUGACUGUACCAGUGUGGGGCUACAGGAACAACCAUGCGCCACAGGGAGACUCCCAUAGUGGAGAACGGGUGGGCUGUGCAGAUCUGGAUCAUAUAGCUGCCAGUAUGAAAGCCCUGCUGGUCCCUGGUGCCACAGACGGAACGGAGAUGUUUGGAGCACUACCCCGCCCCCGCAUUAACACGGGUGACUUCUCUCUCAAGCAUUGAGAGAGUGUGUGCCUGCGUGAGAACGAGAGGCUAAAUCUGAAGCUUCUCUUGCAUAUCAUAAGUAUUUCUAUUGCGCUGAAAGUGGCAGAACUUUAACCAAACCUUUUAAUCAAAUGAGCAGCCAGACAAGAGAGGCGUGAACAGCAUGGUCUAAAUUGAAAACUUUUUAAUGGUUUAGACUGAAUGGUUGUGGCGGAUCUUAGUUGUGCAGUGCAUUUCAUUAUGAGAAACACUAACAGAGAAAAUGUACAUCAUUGCAUGACUAAUCACACCCAGUGGCUUUCUCUGCAGUGUGGGAUUUACUGAUCCUAUAUGAGCCUGUUCACACACUGAUAUACACAUCCAUCACCAGAGGAGCAUUGUACAUUAGCAAACACUACAUGUGAUUAAAUAUCUGUACUACUGCAUUCAGCUUUGAAAUCAGUGGUUUAUAUUCAUGGCAGGACUGCCAAAGCUGACUACAAAUUAUGCCUCUCCCUGUGUGUGUGUGCACUCAUCUGCAUUUCACAUAUUUUCCUGAAGACUUUCUGAAUCAAUGCACUGUAACGCAAAAGGACAAUGAGAGGAGACUGGUUCUUUCAGGGCUGUUUACUUUUGAAGGUUCUGAGAUCCUUAAGCUUCAAAAACAUGAAUGUUUAGGGUUUUCAUCUGCAAAAUUAAGAUCAUCUCAGCUAUAUUGAUUAACGUGCUUGAACAGUGAUGAAGCAGAGAUGCCAAAUGUUGCAACACUGAUUAUUGCCGUAGCUUCUUUACAAAAAUUCUUGCCAGAUUGAAGGAAUACAGAUUUCAAACAUACAAGGGUUUACAAAACUACAAAAGUAGCUAUGUGUCCAUCUUAAACAUUUCACAACUGUUCAAUGUUUAAGUGCAUUUUGAAUAAAGAAGAUAUUUGUGGUUGAA